AUGAUGUCUGAAGACGCUGGAGUAAUGUUAGUAGUUUAUGAUGAUCCAUCAGAUCAACGAUCUUUGUCUUUGGAUGAGACCAGCAGCACUGAGGAAUCACCUGAUGAGACCAGGCUUUCAUUAGAGACCACGAAUGAUGUAAUUCCAUAUAUAGGACAAAGAUUUUCUACUCAUGAUGCGGCUUAUGAAUACUAUAGUGAAUUUGCAAAGCAAUGCGGAUUCUCAAUCCGGAGGCACCGCACAGAAGGCAAAGAUGGGGUAGGAAAAGGACUUACUAGACGCUACUUUGUCUGUCAUCGUGCUGGCAACACCCCAAUUAAAACCUCCCAUGAGAGGAAGCCCCAAAGGAAUAGAAAGUCCUCCCGGUGUGGAUGUCAAGCAUACAUGCGGAUAAGCAAGACAACAGAAUUAGGAGCACCAGAAUGGCGUGUCACAGGCUUUGCAAACCACCAUAAUCAUGAACUCUUAGAAGCAAACCAAGUUCGUUUUCUUCCUGCAUACAGAACUAUAUCUGAGUCUGAUAAGAGCCGGAUACUUAUGUUUGCCAAGACAGGAAUUUCUGUGCAGCAAAUGAUGAGGCUCAUGGAGCUUGAGAAAUGUGUGCAACCAGGAUAUUUACCAUUCACUGAAAAGGAUGUGAGGAAUUUACUCCAGACAUUUAGGAAAUUAGAUCCGGAAGACGAGAGCAUAGACUUGUUGAGAAUGUGCAGAAACAUCAAGGAGAAAGAUCCUAACUUCAAAUUUGAGUACACGCUUGACUCAGACCACAGAUUAGAGAAUAUUGCCUGGUCGUAUGCAUCAUCAGUCCAGUCAUAUGAGAUAUUUGGUGAUGCAGUGGUGUUUGAUACUACUCAUCGCUUAACUGCAUUCGAUAUGCCACUCGGGAUAUGGGUUGGAAUAAAUAAUUAUGGCAUGCCUUGCUUCUUUGGCUGUGUGCUUCUGCGAGAGGAAAGUUUAAGGUCGUUUUCAUGGGCAUUGAAGGCAUUCCUGAGCUUCAUGUAUGGGAAGGCACCACAGACAAUAUUAACUGACCAAAAUAUGUUUCUGAAAGAAGCAAUAAGCAUGGAAAUGCCAACAACCAAACAUGCACUUUGCAUAUGGAUGAUAGUGGCAAAGUUUCCGUCCUGGUUCAAUGCUGUUUUGGGUGAACGUUACAAUGAGUGGAAAAGUGAGUUUUAUCGCAUUUACAAUUUGGAGUCCAUAGAGGAUUUUGAACUAGGAUGGAGGGACUUGGUAAAUUCUUUUGGGCUUCACUCUAACAGGCACAUAGUCAACUUGUAUGGCCUCCGCUCACUAUGGGCACUACCAUUCUUGAGAAGCCAUUUCUUUGCAGGAAUGACUACAAUUGGACAGUCUAAAUCGAUUAAUGCAUUCAUCCAACGAUUUUUGAGUGCACAGACCCGGCUUGCACAUUUUGUUGAACAAGUUGCUGUCGCUGUGGAUUUUAAAGAUCAAGCUGGAGAACAACAAACAAUGCAACAGAAUCUCCAAAAUAUAUCCCUGAAAACAGGAGCACCCAUGGAAUCCCAUGCUGCCUCAACCUUUACUCCUUAUGCUUUCUCUAAGCUUCAAGAACAACUUGUUUUGGCUGCUCACUAUGCAUCUUUUGAGAUGGAAGAUGGUUUUCUUGUGCGACACCACACAAAAGCUGAGGGAGGUCGGAAAGUAUAUUGGGUUCCACGGGAAGGCAUUAUAAGUUGCAGUUGCCAUCACUUUGAGUUCUCGGGAAUUCUCUGUCGGCAUGCACUUCAAGUUCUCUCCACAGGAAAUUGUUUUCAAAUCCCUGAGAGAUAUCUUCCUGUCCGUUGGCGCCGUAUCAGCAUUCCUUCUGCAAAACUCCUUCAGAGUGCUCCAAGUGAUCAUGCAGAAAGAAUACAGUUAUUGCAGAAUAUAGUAUCAACUCUUGUAACAGAAUCUGCCAAGUCGAGGGAGAGGCUAGAUAUAGCAACCGAGCAAGUCUCCAUUCUCUUAUCUCGUGUACGAGAGCAGCCUGUUUCAGUGCAAAGUACAAGAGAGAUUUCAUCAAUGCAUAGGAAUAUUUGA